CUACAACUCCUCAGUCGAGCCCUUCACAUCUUUGAUUUCCCAGAUUUUUCUCCUCCUGUGUACCAAAUCCCACAGAAGCCAUGUCAGAAAGAACCGACCUGAUCCAGAAGGCCAAGCUGGCUGAGCAAGCAGAGCGAUACGAUGAUAUGGCAGCCAACAUGAAGGCUGUAACGGAAUGCGGAGAGGAGCUGUCCAAUGAAGAAAGGAACCUUCUUUCUGUUGCUUACAAGAAUGUGGUGGGAGCAAGAAGGUCCUCUUGGAGGGUCAUUUCCAGCAUCGAGCAGAAGUCGGGUGAAUCGGAAAAGAAGGCGCAGCUGAUUAAAGAAUACCGGGAGAAAAUCGAGAGUGAGCUCAAGAAUGUUUGUGCAGCUGUUCUGACCCUGCUUAAGGAGUUUUUAAUUCCUAAAGCCUCGCAACCAGAGUGCCAAGUAUUUUACCUAAAAAUGAAGGGGGACUAUUACCGAUACCUUUCAGAGGUGGCGAAGGAUGCUGAUAGAGCCCAAACAAUAGACGACUCACAAGCAGCUUACCAAGAAGCAUUUGACAUCAGCAAGCAGAAAAUGCAGCCAACCCACCCCAUCCGCUUGGGCUUAGCUCUAAAUUUUUCUGUAUUCUAUUAUGAAAUUCUUAAUAGCCCAGAAAAGGCCUGUUCACUGGCAAAGACUGCAUUUGAUGAAGCCAUCGCAGAACUAGACACCCUCAAUGAAGACUCCUACAAAGAUAGCACUCUUAUCAUGCAGCUACUUAGAGACAACCUAACAUUAUGGACGUCAGACACCAAUGAAGGUGGUGAUGGUGGUGACGGCUGUGAACCAGAAAACAACUAACCUGCGCUGCAGACACCUGUCCCCGAACAACCCUUUUUACACGUCUCCAUUCCUAAUCGCUCCACGUGGAUUUCCUAUAGCAAAGAAAGUCCAUCCAUGUGUAACGGAAAUAAAGUUUUUAGUUUCUUCA